AUGCCUUCUCCCCAAGAACCCCAGCAACAAGCUCCCAUGGAGAUGACUGCCACUGACGGCGUCGUUACCCAACAGCCUUCCUCGGAACCUCAACCCGAGUUCGGAAACAUGCGCGGUGGUGAAGAGGCUGGCUGCGAGAUCUGCUGCGGUCUCUGCGCCUGCGACGAGGGCUGCUGCUAG